AUGGCGGACAAACCACCUGGUCUUCGUCACAGGCUCCUCCGUGGACGCCGCAAAUCGUCUGACACGGCCGACACCUCAGACUCCGCCUCCGACGGUUCUCGCAACAAGAAAGAUCAAAGCAACAGCACUGACAGCCGUUCUCCCCCGCAGCCCGUUGCCCGUCCUGCCUCUCGUUCUCCAAGUGCCCGUAUGCCCAGGAAGCUGCAGAAGAAAAGAUCGAGCAUCGACAGCUACACCUCUUCAACCACACCAUCGCCUUCUGGUGAAAGUAGCAAUGACAACAAGGGCGAAGUCGUUGAGUCUGCUCAAUCCCGUGCUAAUGCUCGUCGUCAGGAGCGCCGCCAGCUGGAACCUAUUGGCCUUGGACCUACCACCACGACUAAGUCGCGCAACGAGAAAGAGUCGGCCACAACCUACCCUGCUUUGCCACAUGACGCGUUGUCCAGCGAGAAUAACACGGUCGUAGCUGCGAAUGGACACCAGAGGAAGGAUCUCUCCAUGUCACCGCUCACCAAGGAUGCCUACGAGGAGCGCAGCGAUGACCUUUCCCUUAUGGAGGUCUCGCCAUUGUCCAGUAACAGUGAAUUCACUUUGUCUGACACUAGGAAGGAGAACAGCAGCGAGCGUCGCAAGUCGAUUGGCUCGGCUCUUGACAAUGAGGAAGAUACAAUCCACCUUCCCGAGUACAAUGAUCCUAACCCUCGCAUUGGUGAUCUCACCUACCGUAGCAUCGCUAGGGCUCAGGCAAAGCUCCGUACACCUUCUCCGGUCUCGCCCCACCGCGACAACGGGAACAGGAUUAGGGACAGCCCGGUGUCCCCGCUCGAGGACUCCCCCAAAGCCUCUUUCAAGAACCAGGAGGCCCCUCUCCUUCCACAUGAGCGCAUGGAGCCGCCGAACGAGACAGCUACCUCUACUAGCGAAAGCCGCUUGGCCAUAGCCAACGAGAAGUCCGGCUCUACCGGCUCCACCCCCCACUCUGACGUACCGCGCGUCUCCAAGCUCAAGAAGAAGCCCUCGACGAAGAGCAAGAUCCCCACCCUGAAGCUGAACACCACGAACCUCACAGACGCCACCGGCAACGGCGGCGGCGGUAAGAACAAGAUCGUCCGGGGUGAUGAGGAUGGCGACGACGCCGAUUUCCACCACAACGCCGUCGCGGCCGAGAACGCACUCCUCGAGACACUGCGCCGCAUCACGUCUCGUAAGCAGCCACAGACCGACACCGAAAUCCGUGCCGCCACCGAGGAGGUCCUGCGCACCGCUGCCUCCGUGCUCGACCUGGGCCCGCGAUCGCCCGUUCUGGCUCAAAAUUCGCUUCCGCUGCCGCCUGCGCCGGAAGCCCCGGAGCUCCUCCACCCCGGCGCCGGCGACAUCACCACGCCGAUCUCGAUGCCGCCCAUUCCGCGUAGUCAGGGCAACGAUGACAACCAUGGCCAUGGCGGCGGUCGCAGCGCCAGCAGCGGCGGCGGUAGCGGCGGCGGCGGCACGGUGCAGAGCCUCUUGGAGGACGCCGCCGACGGGGAGGAAACCGACGACGACGACGAGCUGCUGCUGCAGAAGAAGAACCAGAGGUACAAGCAGCAGCAAGCGCCGGUCGGCAGCGAGCGCGUCAGGCACCCGGCCAAGGUGACGUACGAACGCCCGAUCCUCCUGGCCGCCGGCGUGGCGCAGCGGGGCAUCCACCGCUGGAAGUGCUGCCGCUGCCAGUGCUAUACCCACUACGAGAACCACGUCUGCAGCAAGCUCGACUGCUUGCACGCCCGCUGCGAGAGCCACUGCGAGGCCUUUGAGGUUUGA